AUGGCAUCACUAACCAUGACAGCAUCAUUCUUCGCCGGCAGCUCAGCGGUCGCCACGCGAUCACCAGUGGCAACUCAAAGGAAGCUGGUGGUGGCAAAUGCUGCUAGAGGAGUUGAAGUAGAAAAGAUGAAAGUGAGUUAUGAGAAUGAAAAGGAAGAAACCAAUGGAAGGAGGAACAUCAUGUUUGCAGCUGCAGCAGCAGCUGUUUGUUCUGUUGCUGGGAUGGCUUUGGCUGAUGAACCUAAACGUGGUUCUCCAGAAGCUAAGAAAGCAUAUGCACCUGUUUGUGUUACCAUGCCAACAGCUAGGAUUUGCCGCAACUGA